AUGAAAAAAAUAGUCUUUGUGUGUACACUGUUUGUGUUUUUAUAUAAAUUUCAUGUCUAUUGUUUAAAUAUUCCUGGACCUUUAGUGUACGUGGUAACACCUUCAUCGCCACUUGCCGGAGCUAACGAAGGAAGAUCUGCGCCAUUCUACUAUCAUAACUGGAUUAAAAGGAUGGAUUCUCCGCAAAAUAUGUCAACUACAACAACGUCUAAACCGAAAGUCAAAACACCCGACUUGAUAUUCGCCGAGUUUGAAUCAGACAGCAGUGAUAAUAUGAGGAAAUCAAUAAGGAAACUUUUAGAAAAAGAAAGAAUAGAAGCCAAGUCAAGUACUACAAUGGGAUCAAUAUAUGUACCCGACGAUGUCAUUACUAAAAGUACACAUAAAUUUUAUGAGGCAAUAACAGAAAACAUCGAGGAGACCUCACAGCCAACUAAUAAUGAUAAUUUUAAUUUGUAUACUGAUUCUCCUCCUGCUCCCGUGUAUAUCAGGCCGAUUACGGAAUCAUCAACUAUUACUACAAUCGCAACACCAGUUGAUGUGAAGAAUAUUUGGCACGUAAUCGAUAGUGAAAAAUAUAAUCAGUACUCUGGCCAAUGGAAUGAAAUACCUAUUACAUCAGAAGUGAAUAAAGAUAUUACAUUAAAUAGUAAUAAAGUAAUAAAUCAAGAUAACGAGGAAGAUAUUGCAAUUGACGAAAACUUUGCUUUGCCAGGAUUUGGAACUAAUCCAGGAAAUGGAGCAGAGAAUGAGUCACGAGCUAUUCGAACGGAACCUAAUAUUCGCUUUCCAUAUGUGAGCUUAAAACCAUUUCAGAUAAAAAACCCAAAAAACCCCCUGCCAAAUACAUUACCUACUAGUAAAAAGGGAAAUGGCAUGUAUACUAAUUUAGAUAAUUUUCAAGAAAUUCGAAAUCCGGUUAGAGGUGAAGUAGAAGACGUAAAUUCUAUUCGUCAACCUAUUGAACGCUAUAAUCCAGCACAGCCAUACUUACCUCAUGAUUACGGGAGUAAGUCUAAACAAUCUAAACCUAUUUCAACACCAACGAAAACUGUUGCUAAUUUAGUUCCACCACCACCUCCGGCUCCACCUAAAUUAACUGCAGAUGACUUUCCCUCGCCGACAAACUAUGAGUCAUUUCCUCCUUAUGCACUGUCUGCGCCAGAUCCUGUUCCAAUGGUAUCAUCUCCACCAGUAAAACCCCCUUCUGUAUUGUACCCACCCCCUGUAGAUAUGUCUAGUGACUCUGGCUUUGAUUCCCCUCCAACUGACAGUGACAAGGACGAAAUGCCAAUGGAUCUAGGAUAUCAAUACAAUUCCCCUCCUUUUGUACCAACAAAUCCACCUGUAAAAAAACCAUUUGAUCCUUAUGAUAAACCACCAAUGGUUAUUACUACUCCACCCACUAAUAUUGCUGGAGGAUAUUCUUAUAAUAAACCUGCAAUGUCUUAUAAUAGUCCACCUGUAAUGAAUAUGGGAGGUUAUACAUAUAAUAAACCAGAGCCAACUAUGAAUUCCAUCCCUGAUGAUAAACCUGAUUUUCAUGGUUACCACUACAAUAAACCAGCGCCCGCUCCAACACCAGAAGUUCACUCGCCAUUACCUACCUAUGGGCAUCACGAUCCUUCCCCGUAUCAUUAUGAACCUGAUUAUCCAGAAUUGAUAUAUGAUAAGCCCUAUGGCAGCAUGGAUGAUUCAAAGAUUGGAAAUGACACUAAAGGUGGGGAUGAUACAAAAUACUUAGGUAUGAUGCCACCGCCACCGCAACCGUCACAAGAUAUGGAUAUGAAUUCAGAUAUGAAUACUGACGACAACGGGUUUCCACAUGAUUUUCCUGGAUAUUUUAAAUAUCACGACGACGACCACGGUUUUUACCAUCAUCACCACCAUCACACUACGACAACGACAACGACUACGGAAAUGCCUCGUGUUAAUAGGUACAGUUAUUAUUAUUUAGGAAAGAAGUUAUACUACUUGCCAUUGUAUUUUAGUGUGUAUUUCAUAAUUUACGUAGGAGCAUUAAUAAUUAAGGCUAUUUUGAGACAUAAAAUUGUAUAUCCAAACAGUUGGCGACCAAAUGAUUCAACUGCCACAUUUUUCUCUAAACGAUCUGUAGAUUCUUGGGACUUUUCAAAUGAAACCCUAAAUGAGGUGACAGGUCGGAUAACGAGAGCUCUUGCUGUGGCAGCUGAAAAAUAUAUGACUGGAAACACGAAAAAUAGAUAAAUAAAUUACAAAAUUACGUAUUAAAUAGUCAAAU